UCGCUUCCGCAGCGUUCGCUCGUACUGUUUAAAGUGAACGCAACGUUGUCGUCGUCGUCGUGUGCUCGUUUUUGUUGCCGUCGAUUUUAGUCGAACGCUAGUCGAACGAUCUAGCGCAUAUCGCGCUGUGUGCUCAAUUCCAAUAACCACAACAACAACAGCAAGAGAACCGUUCUAUUCCAUAUGUGCAGCGAUUGAGCAUAAAAUUGUCCACGUUAGGCCUAAAAAAAAGAACAAUAAAGCGAACAACAACAAUAGCACUGUGACAAAGUACCAAAGUGCAGCGACGUUGUCGUCGACGUUGACGCUGCGUCGCCUGCAUGCUUGCCUUAAUUUUGUGCUUCCUGUGGAGAAUGGACAAAAACAACAACAAGAAACAGUGGCAAUAAAAAGCAACAAGUGGAAACAGCGUCGAAAAUAACAUCGGCAGAAGCAACAACAACAACAACAGCUUUCUUUAAAAGCCGGCUGCGCAGCAUUAAGAAGAAGAGCGCGCGCACAAAGCAUAAAGUGCCAUAGUGUAAGCGGGAGAGUGCGUGCGUGUGGAGAGAGUACUGCAACAAUAACAAAUCAACUGUUCUCUUUCGGGUCUCCUUUUGUUCAGCAACUUGUCAAAAUGUCUGCUUUUAAUCUAGUGAGCGACUUCCACGUGGCGGCGGUUCUUCCAGAAAGCCGCCUGGAUGCGUUUUUGCUUUGAUCGGCUGUGCUUCGCCACCAAGCGGCCAGCCAGCAAUAGCAAUAGCAACAGCAACAGCCAUCAGCAGCAGAGCGGCACAAAUGAGCCGUGCAGCAGCAGCAGUAGCAGCCACAUCAACAAUACACACACCAAUACAAAUACAAAUACAAAUGCAAGCACCGCAACCACCGCACAGCCAGCCGUCACUCUCUAUGCCGACUACCAGAAGCUGCAGCCAGCGAUAAUCAGAAGAGACGACACCGAGGCCAAGCCACCGGACAUCAACACAGAGAACAGUCGAGAGCAGCCACCGCCAGCAAGCAGCUCCACCCCCCAAACAGCAGCAGCACCACCACCACCACCAGCAGCACCGCCAACAGCACAGCCAGCAGCACCACUCGCAGAGCGUCGCUAUCGGCGCCACAGCAGCGCCGAAGAUCAGCAGCGCACGAGAGCGAUUGCGAGCGCGAUUGCGAUUCUAUUGCCGAGAGCUAAUUCGAAUACGAGUCUGAGAAAAGCGGCCAGUAUGCAGCAGGAGCCGAACGCGAACUAUCAGUUUCAGCCCGACCUGGGUCUGGUGAACAUCGUCAACAACAACAACAACAACAACAUCGGCAACGGCAACAACAGCAGCAACAGCUUUGCCAACAACAGCGGUGGCAUCGUUACGCUGCCCGCAGCCAACAGCAUUGGCUACCUCGGCCUGGAGCAUACAGCGGCGGGUCUACGCCUGAUACCCGCCCCUGCGCCGCCCUGCCACUCGGACGUGCUGACGCAUACGCUGAUCUACGGCACGCCGCCCUCGGGCACGCCCCAACAGCUGCACACAGAUCCGCGCAGUCUGCUGCACCAGCAGGAGCUGCAGCUGCAGCAGCGCUAUCAGCAACUGCAACAGUUGCAGGCGCAGACGCAGGGCGUUUACACGGCCUCGGCCAGCCCCGUGACCGGGAUCUAUCAGCCGAGCAGCCAGCCGGUGGCCAUACCCGGCACCUGUAAUUCACCCACCGCACAGCCACAGCAACAAUUGCAGCAGCAAUUGCAACAGCAGCAACUACAGCAGCAGCAACAGCAACAGUUGCAGCAACAGCAGCAUCCGCAGCCGCCCAACUCCUUGGCGCUGGCUCAGCAAAUGCAGGGCCUGCGUAUUUCCGGCUGCACGCCGGGCAGCAGCUCGGCCACGCCCUCGCCGGUGGGCAUGGUCGAUGCGACGCUCAUGAUGAGCAACACGUAUGUGGCGGCCACGCCGCAGGAGGAGCGCUUCCUGCAAAUCAUCCAGGCCAAGGAGAUGAAGAUUCAGGAAAUGCAGCGCGCGCUCCAAAUCAAGGACAACGAAAUCGCCGAGCUGCGCUCCCAUCUGGACAAGUUCCAGAGCGUCUUUCCCUUCAGUCGCAGCAGCGCCGCCGGCUGCGCAGGCGUUGGCUCCGCCUCGCCCGGCGCUGGCAACGGCCCCGGCUCCGGCGGUGGACCAAGCACGGCCACGGGCGCCACACGCAAGUCGGGACAGACGUUUCAGCGCCAACGCGCCCAGGGCAUCUCCGCGGAGCCACAGAGCGAAUCCUCCGUGCUGCUCGAUCACAUUAGCUUUCCCAAAUACGAGAAGGAUGAGCGGUAA